AUACGGGGUCCAGGUCCAGCCGCGGAGGCUCGCACCGUCGCACGCUGGGCGUUGGUGAGCCCUGAAGAAAGAAAUUCCCCUUCUCUCGCUCCCCCCGUCCCGUGAUGGCAGCACCGGCGCCCGGCGCCGGCGCCGUCGAGGUUUCCAUGGACGACAAGGCCAAGGCGUUGGUGGCCGCGAAGAUCAAGGAAGGGGAGUACAAGGUGCGGAUGAUAGGAGAGUACGCGGUGCGGACGGACCGCGCGAUCGAUGCGCUGGAGAAAAAGGUGCAGGACAUCGAGGCGGUGUGAUGGAUCUCGAGCUGAUGCUCGGUGAGUACUGCGCCGACCUCUCGGACAUGCACAAGGCGCGCCACUACUACCGCGCCACCUCACUCUCGGAGGAGGAGAAGCUCUACCUCCACCAAAUCGACGACUUCGCCACCGCCACCAUCGCCGAGUACGAGGCCAGCGUCGGCCCCGUCCCGGCCUUCGACAACCACCUCAGCCUGUUCAGCAAAGACAUCCCACUGGAGUUCCCCGAACCCUUGGCUCCCCCUCCGGCUUCUUCGGCUUCGGCUUCGUCUUCGGCUUCUCACCACGAGCCUGCUGUGGACAAUGGAGGGGAUGUUGCAUGCUAAGAGAUGAUCACCUGGAGCACCCUAUCCCUUUCAUUUCUUCGGCCCCGUCAUCCAAGUCAGCUAUCAUGGUUCUAGGGGUUUGUACCUAUUUUAAGCACGUCUGCAGUUUGACUGGCGGUGAUUUUAAACUUGGAGCUGUAAGAUUGUCAGUACGGGUGUAGCUAUGAACAUAUCUGAUGUAUGCGAACGUGUUGGUUCUAAAGUGUGAUUCAUGCUUGCA